GGCGUUGGGUCAGUCUCUCCCCAGCUAUGCCGGAGAGCGGACGUGCGUGUCUCCGUCUCGCGCCAUCGAUACGAAAUUCGGCCAGAGCGGGAGCAGAUCCGAUUGUCCGGAUGUGUUCGUUGUGACUUCGAUAAUCGGGUAGACUUCGUGGUGGAUUUCGGUACUCGGGUGACGUUCGCUAUCGGAUGAUUUUGAGUAAUUUUGUCUCGAAAGAAGGAUUAGAUCAUCCGGUGUGAUGAGAUUUCGAUAAGCGUUCCUGUUAUAUAUAUACGUUUUUUGUUUUUUUGUUUUUAAAGAAAAGAACAAAAAAAUAGUCAAAGUUUUAAACGAUAAAGGCUUCUUUGAUUUCCUUUGACUUUAAAUAAACGAAAAUGGAACCAGAGGAUCUUGAUAUAACGUGAGAUAAUAUUGCACAUACAUAUUCCCGAAAAAAGGAAGAAAAAUAAAAUGAAUUCUGAUUAAAAGAACAACAGUAGCAAAAAAAAAAAAAAAAAAAAAAAAAAAAAAAAACAGGAAACCUAAAUUCAAAACUCAAAAAUAAAAAUUGUAAUGGAAAGACACCAAUAGAAACAAAAGAAUAUACAAAAUGUGCGAGGAAGGUAGUGAAGACACAACAGCGAGCCGCCUCCUCCGCCGCAAAAUUCCUCAGAGCGGCCACCUGAUGCUGCCGAAGAGGAUGUGGAUGCAGACGGUCCCCACGCAGGACUGCGAGGUGGUGGUGGUAAUGGCGGGCGGGACGAGAGAAUCGACGCUACACUGGCUCCUCGCCCGCCUCAAAGCACGCCUACCAGAGCUCACCGUGGGCGUGAAGAACCACCAAGCCACGAAUUCCUACGCCCUCUACCUCUCCGCGUCCUAUGAUGGAUUGAUUAAAGGCGGCGAGGAAAUGCGUCUAGUGAAACGGACGAAAGUGGAGUACGGAGGCGGCCUCAGGGAACUUUCGCACACGGAGCUCGCAAUAUUCCAGGGCGUGGAGGACGGUGGCACUUUCUUCUCGACCUUGGAGCGCCAGAGCAUAGUCCUGCACCUCUUGCAUUCCCUAAGGGCCCCGCAGGAGGAGUCCGUGGAGGGGACGACGUUCAGGGAAGGACAGGCCAUAAUCCCUAAGUUCCAGUCUGAAGGCUUAAUCCACGGGAUUUUACCCCUUCACGACUAUGAGAAGCUGGAGGCGCUAAGGGUCACGUGGGUACAGACUUUCUUCAAGUACCAGCCUAUUGAGGCGAUCCAACAAUAUUUCGGCUCCAAAAUCGCCAUUUACUUCGCCUGGCUCGGGCACUACACCACCGCCCUCACAGUGCCAGCUUUCAUCGGCCUCAUAUUCUGGGUCUUCCUCUGGGGACGCGACCAAGUCCUCGAAGACGUGGGUUUCGUCAUGUUCGCCUUCCUGAACGUGGUGUGGGCCUCCAUGUGGCUCGAGGCGUGGAAGAGACGCAGUGCCGAGCUCGCCUACAACUGGGGGACACUCGAUUCGCAGGUUGAAGUUUUCUCCGAACCCAGGCCACACUUCACGAUGGCAAUGGGAGAGCUGCGCGUGAGUCCCGUGACAGGGAGGCUGGAGCCCGAGUACCCUGCCUGGCGAAGAAACCUCAUUCGAUACCUCGUGACUCUUCCCCUCAUCAUGUUCUCCCUCAUGGUCGUGUUUGUGGUCAUGUUGCUCAUUCUUCAGCUACAGGACCUCUGUGAUGCCUUCAUAUCAGCCCACGAGUACACCUUCUACCUAUCCUACGCACCGAAGAUCCUUAUGGCUCUCACCAUUUCUGCGUUUGAUGAAGGAUACACUCUCUUUCGUUUUGUGAACUCCUUUCUGUCGCUCUUCUAUAUCGCAUUCUACUUACAAGACAUGGAGAGGCUUAAAGAACAACUCGCCGCUCUCCUCCUCACGCGCCAGGUCGUAGGCAACAUCAAGGAAUCCUGCAUACCGUAUCUUCUCGAGCAGUUCAAGCUUGCCAAACUGAGCUUCGACUUGUACGGCGCUCUGUCGCCUUCAGAGGAAAGCAAAGAGCAAGAUUGGCCGCAAGAAAACCCCCCACAACCUGCAGGAGAACAAACACAGGUUGGAGUGUCAAGGUACGAAGGCACAUUCGAAGACUACCUUGAGAUGUUCAUCCAGUUCGGUUACGUCACCCUCUUCUCCUCCGCCUUCCCUCUGGCUGCGAUGUGCGCUUUCCUCAACAACCUCAUCGAGAUCAGAUCGGACGCCUUCAAGCUGUGCUGUGUGUUCCAGAGGCCUUUUGGACACAGGGCGCAGAGUAUUGGGGUGUGGCAGGAUGCAAUGGAGCUGAUGGGUGUUCUAGGAAUCAUGGUCAAUUGCAUGUUGAUAGGCCUUUCCGGGCAGGUUCACCGGAUGUUCCCAGAAAUGUCAACAGCUCAUACUAUAUUGCUCAUUAUUGUACUGGAGCACGCCAUGAUCGCCCUGAAGUACGGCAUCAGCUACGUCAUUCCCGACAUCCCCGCUUGGGUCGCGACGGAGAUGGCGAAGGUGGAGUUCCAGCGGCGCGAGGCCCUCCGCCGCCUCUCCACCUCCAACUCUCCCCCAACACGUGAGGAAUCCCAGUCACCCUCCCCUAGCAGGUACUUGUUUGGGCAUUCGAUAACGUCUACCACUGAGUAUGUGGACCGUAGUGCCCAGACGGACAUUAUGUAUUCCAGGAGACGAUCCUUCAAGACGUCGCCGGCCAGCACCAUAGACGAAGACGAGGUUCUGUCUCCCACCGACGUCGAGCACGAGACCCGAAGCGUGGCGUCGGAAGCGGCGGCGGCCGAGACCAGAGCGGCGGCGACGGCGGGAUCCGAGCGCGACGGACGGAAGGAGGACGACAUGCGCAUGCGCGAGCUCGAGAGUUUCGAGGGCGCGAAGGCGCGGCCGAUCGUGCGCCUCGGUCGGAGCGUGUCGGCGUGCGAGCGCGUGCACCACCGCGUGCCGCGCAUUCACCGCAUCAUGAACCAAGAGAGCGCCGAGUCCAAUGACUCGGAGGAGGACCUCAUCACCAAGCCCUUCGAUAGCCUGCCGCUGCUGUCGGCACCAGCCGCCAUGGACAACAAAAACCGGCUGUUCCGGUUCUCGCCGGAAAACGAGCGCGUCCUGGGGGCCAUCAAGCCUCGGUCGCGCCUCCUCGAGAAGCCGGACUUCUCGUACGGGACGCAGCUGUCGUCGCGCUCGGUCGAGUGCGUGUCGGACACGUCGGCGCUGAUCCGCUUCUCGGACGACUCGCGGAGCCACAUCAGCGAGGAGGGCGAGGGCACGCCCGAGCAGAGCACGGGCAGCAGGUCGCCCACGCCCCCGACGGAGGAGUCGAAGGAGGUCGGCACGCCUCGCGCGCACUCGCUCGAGCAGACGCCGUCCCCGAGCAAGGAGGAGGUCAAGGAGGGCCCCGCGCGCCGCAAGCCCCCCAUGAAGUUCCUGAAGCGCGCGCAGAGCCUCUCGUACGUGUUCAAGCGCACCAAGCCCGAGAAGAGGAAGAAGAUCAUUCGCGACGACUACGCGGCGCUGCCCACGACGGUGGAGCCGCAGGGCGAGAUGGCCCUCGUGCCCCUCGAGAAGCUCGUGGCCAUCGAGGACAUCCAGAUGCAGCCGUCGCUCUCCAGCUACAGCUGCUACGCCGACUAGGGGUGCCCCGUCGCCUCCCUUCUGCCGCGGCCGCCAGCGCGUCGCUCGCCCGCUCGGCGGCCCAACAGCUGCUUUUAGAGGACCGGCGCAAUUGCACAGUUCUUGUGGCCUCGUUUAGACGUGUAAUAAAUCAUAAAAAAAUAAACAAUAAAAAGGAUUAGUCGAGGCUUCAACUUCAUAAAAUCUGGGACAAAGAAAGUAGCUCAUACUAGAUUAGCGGAAUCCGACACGUGUGUUUGUUUAGGCCUUACUCCCCCCAGCCGUCUGCCGCGGAGGGGGGCCAAAUCUAUGGUUACGUCAUCAGUUCGACAGGUGUGUGGUCAAGGCACACUCGGUGUUACGCAUAAUUACUUGUUGAUGUAUAAUAUAUAUAAAGCAUAGACAGAGAUACCACAAAAAAGAGAUAAAUUUUGUUAUCUAUUUGACGAAUAGAUAAGCCUUUAAUGAAAAAUCACUUACGCUUCUACACAGUUGAUGAUGUGUGUACAUGAAAUAUGCUAGCAAGUUUGUAUGCGUGUGUGCGUUGCAUCUUUGUGUACACGUGAACGUAUCUCUGGAGUGUGUGAACAAGCAACAUUGUGUGUGUCUAUCAGCCAAACGCCAAGCCGAGACGAAGCGAAUUAGCGUGUCGAUGUGUAUCUUGCCUCCUUCGUGGUUUCGUCCCUUUUCUCCUUCGUUCAGUGACUCACGAGCUUUGUAGCGAGUUUAUUGGCUUCGGUGUGUAAAGCUGUGCAUCAAUGGGCUUGCUUUCAUACGGGAGGGAGAGAAGAGAAAGAAAGGAAGAGAAAAUAAGGUUGAGUGAGAGAGAGAGAGAGAGAGAGAGAGAGAGAGAGAGAGAGAGAGAGAGAGAGAGAGAG